AGGGAGAACGAGCUGCAGCAUUUGCACGAACGGGACGACAAAGAGCUUGGAGAAAGGCUGGAAGGAGAUAUGCGCCGUGCUCUGCGAGAUCUAGACUCGCCGCGCUCGCAGUCUCCCGCUCCCGGAUCUUCAUCGUUCCCUGGCCCCUCGUCGUCCUCAGCGCUUGGUACGCCUCCUCCGCGACCUAAGAGAGACCCCAACCGAGGCGGAGUGAUGCGGCGCUUCCGUCGCCAAGGCGAAGAAGAAGGGCCACCUCCAAUGCCAGCACCACAAGGACCUGCUGGGAUGGAAAACGCAGGACAGAUGGAAGACACUGAUGCAGGUGACGAAUUCACUGAUCUGGAUGAGGCCAAUGAUUGGUCAGAGGACGGCUUCAAGGCGAACUUGCUCAUCGAUCUAGGCCGAGGGGAGAUCACGCAAGUAGCUCAUUCGGACAUUGGUUUCCUUGCUAUUGCGUGUGGGGCAGGCCUGGCGAUCAUCGACCUCAGAGGACCAGAGAUUUUGCUGCGAGAGGGGCUGGGCGAUGACUUCUCUGUGGCCGCCCCAAGUACCAAGGGUAGAGAGGGCAGAUCGGCAAAGAAGCUACUUGAAGCCGAGAGUAAAGCUCCGAUCACUAGCCUCGCUUGGACGAUCUGUAGGCUUCCAGGUGCCAAACCCGUCAACCACACUGUCCUCGCUCCUCGGCUGGUCGUGGGAAGAGGUAAUGGCCUGGUGACUGUUUGGACCUCGAUGCAGGCCCUUUCCAUGUGGCUCCCAGAGCGUACGGGAGCUAUCAAAGUCGACGAGCUAGACUACGAAAGCUCACGGCCUAGUCAGCUGUCGCCACGAUGCUCUUUGCAAGUGCUCGAUGUUGCAGGCAAUUCAGCUGUUGCUGUUCCGGUGGAGCUUCAGCGAGCCAUCCGUGAGCAGAGCCGUAGCCUGGGUCGAGAGGAAGACGCGCUGCUGUCAGACGUUCCCCUGCUGUUCGGGUGGAGCGAUCACUCGCUGUUCAUCCGAAGCGGUCUACUGGGUCCCAGGAUCGCAAAGGCUGACACGACCGAGGCAAUCUUGAGAGCCGCAUUGGUCGAACGAGGCACCGAGAAGCUUGCGGUUGCUGUCUCGAAGACCAGCAUCAGGGUCUACAGUACCCCUGGACUUGAGCUUGUGCAAAGGAUACAGAGGCAUGGUCACGACUUUGGGGAGCAGACGACGAGCCAGCAGAGUGUGUCCAUAGAUCGGGGUCCCUCCGGCGUAUUUUUGGAGGUCCUUUCUUCGCUCGAUGCGCGUCUCUGGACCUUCUUUGCUCAAGCACCGCGUCCAAUGACCCCUUCUCUGCUCCUCCAUGCUCCCAAAGCUAUGCCUGCACACCCAGGCGCAGGUGCUGUGAGCGCUGUGGCUAGUUGGUUCUCCACCAAGGCGGCAACGACUAGCUCGCUGGAUGACGUCUUCGCUGGGCCGCACAGACCCGAGGCUCCGAGACUACCUCCUAUGAAGACCAAGGAGACUUUUGUAGCCGACCUCGCUGGAGAAGACCCUUCUCCGAAAUCGCCGGCUUCUGGCAGCACGCCUUUGUCCCCAUCUGUCGACGGGCGAGCGAGAGGAGCUGCUGCACGCCAUCACGCUACAGCAGCCACCGUAGCACAGACGCAAGGGACGAGGGAUCAGAUGGGAUGGAACCUCGACCUUGCGCGAAGGAGGGGUGAGGCCAUGGCUGGUUUGGAGAAUAGUCUGGCCAGCUUGGAGAAGAGCACGAGUGAUUGGGUGAAAGAGUCGAAGUCUGCCCUGAUCAAGUCUGCUGCAAAGGACAAGCUGUCGAAGUUUGGCUUUUAGACGAGACCGUGCCGUUAGUUUCCUCGAAGGGAGCCCGUAUUGGCCGCCGCGCCGAUUCCGCGUGGCGCCUCCACUUUGGCU